AUGAAUGGUACUGUACAGAGCACAUUUGCAAUCAUAACUUUUGUGGAAAUUAUUGUUGGAUAUUUAGGAAAUGGAUUCAUAGCACUGGUGAACUUUAUGGACUGGGUUAAGAGAAGAAGGAUCUCUACAACUGAUCAAAUACUCAGUGCCUUGGCAAUCUUCAGAAUUGUUGCGCUCUGCAUAGGACUCAUAAGUACACUGGUACUUGCAUUUUCCCCUGAUUUGUUCAUUACUGAAGGCAUGUUAAGACUGAUAAAUGUUACCUGGAUGGUGACCAAUCAUUUUACCCUUUGGCUGUCUACUAGCCUCAAUACCUUUUAUUUUCUUAAGAUAGCCAAUUUUUCUAACUCUACCUUUCUUUACCUACAGUGGAGAGUUAAAAAAGUGGUUUCAAAGAUUCUGUUAGUGUCUCUGUUCUUCUUAUUUUUAAACAUUGCACUGGCAAGCAAACACACGGACGUCUGGAGUGAUGCAUAUAAAAAAAAUAUAUCUUACAACUCCAAACUGAGAGAGUUUGGACACAUUUUCAAAACUCUGACAUUUAUAAAUUGUUUAUCCACAUUUUUACCAUUUAUUUUGUCAGUGACAAACUUGCUUCUGCUCAUUUUCUCUAUGUGGAAACACCUUAAGAAAAUGCAACAUGUUGCCAAAGGCUGUACCAAUGCCAGCACCGCAGCUCACAUGAAAGCCUUGCAAACUGGAUUUGCCUCUCUCCUGUUUAACAUUAUUUUCUUUCUGGUUCUUAUCAUACAAAUUGCAAGCUUUGAAUUCCUGGGUGAGAAUUUUGCCAUCAUGUACGACCAGGUGAUUGGAGUUACUUUUCAUUCUAGUCACACUUUUGUCCUGAUUCUGGGAAACAGUAAGCUGAGACAGGCCUCUCUUUCAGUGUUGAGGUGGCUGAGGUACAGGUCCAAACAUACAGAAUCCCCAGGUCAGUAG